AUGAAAGCUCACAAUCCUGUAGAACUGGACUUUGAGGAAAUGCAGGUAAAAAUAACCAUGCAAGGAGGCAAAAAUGUCAUUUUCCAGGAUGAGAGCCUGCCCAACAUGGUUGUACCUGAGAUGGACACUGAGGAAGAUCUGGAACAUGACCUAGAUCGGGAGAGAGCUCGGGUUGCUCUUGUUGAUCAGGAGGCGGAGCCGGCUUCUGGUGGUGGCGGGGAGGUCGCGGGUGCGGGUUCUCGGCCUCGCCGGUGGCCAACUGCAGCAGCGAAAGUCCCUAUAAUGGAUCCUUCAAAAGCAUCGAAGAGGCCUGUUGGAAUUCUAUUUGUGAAGGUUGUAAGAGCUCAAAAUCUGGAAAAGAAGGGCCUGUUGGGUAGUAAAUCAGAUCCGUACGUGAAACUUAAGAUGUCGGAUGACAGGCUUCCAUCCAAGAAAACAAGAGUAAAGCGCAGCAAUCUCAAUCCGGAGUGGAAUGAAGAAUUCAAAUUUGUUGUGAUAGAUCUAGAGAACCAGUCGCUGGAUGUUAAUGUCUUCCACCGGGCACAGGUUGGUAAACAUGUGAAGAUGGGCAUGAACAAGGUUCUGUUGAAAGAACUUGCCCCGGAGGAGACUCAAGUUUCGACUCUUAACUUACUGAAGACCAUGGACCCAAAUGAUGUACAAAAUGAGAAACCUCGUGGUCAGAUUACUUUGGAGGUGACAUAUAAGCCUUUCAAGCAAGAAGAAGAUAUGGAGGAAGAAAGCAUGGAUGGUACUGAAGAAGCACAGAAAGCUCUAGACAAUGGUCCACCUGGUGGUGGGCUGCUUUUGGUCGUUGUUCACGAAGCUCAAGAUCUUGAAGGGAAGCAUCACACAAACCCAUACGCAAAGAUAAUCUUUAAAGGAGAAGAGAAGAAAACAAAGGUGAUCAAGAAGAACAGGGAUCCACGUUGGGAGGAUGAAUUUGAGUUUGCUUGCGAGGAACCACCUACAAAUGAUAAGUUGCAUGUUGAAGUCCUAAGUAAACCUGGAAAAAUAGGAGGAAUAUUACAUGGCAAGGAAACCUUAGGCUUCAUUUAUAUAGCCCUGGCAGGCGUGAUCAGCAACAGGCGGACCAACGAAAAGUACCGUCUCAUCGGCUCGAAAAAUGGGCAGAUUCAAAUCGAGUUGCAGUGGAGAACUUCAUAGAAGCUGUGAGCAAGGUGCCACAGGCAUUUC